AUGGCUCAAGCGUCCGUGGAAUCUGUGGUCCUGGAGACCACAGCUGCUGAACCACCAGUCUCCGUUUCCCCGGCUGUGCCGAUUCAGAUAGAAAAAGUCAAGGGCAAGAAGAGGUUUAUACAGAGUCUACAACGCAUGUCUUCUUCUCCUUCUCUGGCCAAACUUGGCAGAACGCCCUCUUCGAAUUAUCGAACAGGAGGUAGAGCCUCGGCUUCCUGCAUAUCGCUCUCGUCCGGAUCCGCUUCGUAUGCCUCGUACGGAAACUCGCUGGCUUCCGAACUCUCUAUCGGAUACUCGACAGCUCCAACUUCAGCCGCAACCACGCCAGGAAUUCCGUUUCCUUCGUUUGACGAGAAGAUAGCACGUUCUCGAUACCUCGGUUCUGUGCCUGUGCCAGAUUUCAGAACCACCACGAGAAUUGUUGAAGAAGAGGAUUACUUCUCUAUACCCGUACAAAAGGCCGCACAAAGGUCCAAAUCUUCCUUCAACUUCUGGAAGGACUUGCCGUCCGAGCUGGCCAUGGAUAUCCUUUCCUAUCUCGAUCCUCGCGAGGUUGUAAGGUGCUCAGCUGUUUCGAAACAGUGGCACAGCAGAUGUUUCGAUGGCCAGCUCUGGUCAAUUCUCGAUACUUCCGACUUCUAUCGUGAUAUCCCUGCCAAUGCGCUGAUCAAUAUCGUCACUUCUGCUGGUCCAUUCGUUCGCGACCUCAACCUAAGAGGUUGCGUUCAACUCAGAGAACAAUGGUACGAGAAAGGUCUAUCCGGAGCUUGCAGUAAUCUUGAGAACUUCUCUCUGGAAGGCUGCCGUAUUGAGAAGACCGCCAUCCAUUGCUUCUUAUCACAAAAUCAGAAGCUUGUCGACAUUAACCUUUCCGGUCUUGCUGGUGCUACAAAUUCGGCCAUGAAAGUCAUUGCUGAAAACUGUCCCAAGCUCGAACGUCUCAAUGUUUCUUGGUGCAACAAUGUCGACACUCGAGGGCUGAGAAAAGUAGUUGAGGCCUGUCCUAACCUGCGCGACCUUCGUGCUGGUGAAGUGCAUGGCUGGGAUGAUGUCGACUUUAUGCAGAUCCUCUUCGAACGCAACUCACUUGAACGACUCAUCUUGAUGAACUGCGAUUCUCUAAACGAUGAAUCGUUAGCUGUCUUGAUGGAGGGACAGGACAGUGAGAUGGACUACCUGACCGGCCGACGCAUUGCUCCAGCUCGCAAACUCAAGCAUCUUGACCUUACGCGGUGCCGUGGUAUCGGCUUCAGGGGUCUCGAGAAGUGUGUCGAUAGACUUCCAGAAAUGGCAGGCUUGCAACUUAACAAGUGCCAUGGCAUCACUGACGAUGUCCUCACAUCUAUGUUGAACGGCAUGCCCAAACUUACACAUCUUGAUCUGGAGGAGCUUACAGAGUUGUCCAACGCCGUACUGCAAUCACUGGCCGUUGCUCCUUGCGCAAAGGGGUUGCGACACAUCACCAUCUCAUACUGUGAGAACUUGGGUGACGCGGGAAUGCUUCCCAUCCUCAAGAACUGCACCAAUCUGGAAAGUCUUGAUAUGGACAACACUCGCGUCUCCGACUUGUCCCUUGCCGAAGCAGCAGCCAUGGUGCGUGCCCGUACAGCCCGUACCACUCAACCCAAGCAAAAGCCUGCGGUAGGUCUACGCCUCGCAGCCUAUGACUGCCAAAACGUAACAUGGACCGGUAUCCGCGAGGUACUGUCACGAAACGCAGAAGUAAUCCGCAAGACCGUAAAGCCCGAACAAUCAUCAAACCCAAACGAUACCACCGCAGCAUCCGCAUCUCCUCAACCUCAAACCGUCCGCACCUACCCCACCAAAAUCAUCCAGCUCAAAUGCUUUUACAACUACCAGCCCACGGUUGAAGAACACACCAAGCGCGUAUUGCGGGCCGACUUUUCGGCCGCCACUCGUCUCGAGCGCAAGUGGGCUGAAUUCAUGAUUGCUCAAGAAGAAGCCGGUGCCAGUGGUGCCGGUGCCCGUAGGCGUCGUCGCCGUGCACGUGAGGCUCAAAUGAUGCAUGCAGAUGAAGAAGACGGCGGUGCAAAUGGUGGUGGUGCCGGUGUGGGUGGAGGUCGCAGACGCAGAGCCAGAAGUGGCGGUUGCACAGUCAUGUGA